UCCUAUUUUCUAGAUUAUUGUAGAGGGGCAUUUUCGUCUUAAACACCCCAAUCAUCCCCUUUAAAUUCAAUCCAUUCCAACGCUAACUCCUUCAUUGAUUCAUCCUCAUCUCAUCCUCAUCUUGUACAUCUUCCAAUUUUCUCCCAAUUCUCCCAAGAUGCAGAUCUUCGUGAAAACCCUCACCGGCAAGACAAUCACCCUCGAGGUGGAAAGCUCCGACACCAUCGACAACGUCAAGGCCAAGAUCCAGGACAAGGAGGGCAUCCCACCGGACCAGCAAAGGCUCAUCUUUGCUGGAAAGCAACUCGAGGACGGCCGAACCCUCGCCGACUACAACAUCCAGAAAGAAUCGACCUUGCACUUGGUGCUCCGUCUCAGAGGCGGUAUGCAAAUAUUCGUGAAGACUCUCACCGGAAAGACGAUUACCCUUGAGGUUGAGAGCUCCGACACUAUCGACAACGUCAAGGCCAAGAUCCAGGACAAGGAGGGAAUCCCACCGGACCAGCAAAGGCUGAUCUUCGCCGGAAAGCAGCUCGAAGACGGGCGUACCCUCGCAGAUUACAACAUCCAGAAAGAAUCCACCCUUCAUUUGGUGCUCCGUCUUAGGGGUGGAAUGCAGAUCUUCGUCAAGACCCUCACCGGAAAGACCAUCACUCUUGAGGUUGAGAGCUCUGACACCAUUGAUAACGUCAAGGCCAAGAUCCAGGACAAGGAGGGAAUCCCACCAGACCAGCAGAGGCUCAUCUUUGCAGGCAAGCAGCUCGAGGACGGCCGCACCCUCGCCGAUUACAACAUCCAGAAGGAGUCUACCCUCCACCUUGUGCUCCGUCUCAGAGGUGGAAUGCAGAUCUUCGUCAAGACAUUGACUGGGAAGACGAUCACUCUUGAGGUUGAGAGCUCCGACACCAUAGACAACGUGAAGGCGAAGAUCCAAGACAAGGAGGGUAUUCCACCAGACCAGCAGAGGCUCAUCUUCGCCGGCAAGCAGCUUGAAGACGGCCGUACCCUCGCCGAUUACAACAUCCAGAAGGAGUCGACCCUCCACUUGGUGCUCCGUCUGAGGGGUGGUAUGCAGAUCUUCGUCAAGACCUUGACUGGUAAAACCAUCACCCUUGAGGUCGAGAGCUCCGAUACCAUCGAUAACGUGAAGGCGAAGAUUCAAGAUAAGGAGGGCAUUCCUCCGGACCAGCAGAGGCUCAUCUUCGCGGGCAAGCAACUUGAAGAUGGCCGUACUCUUGCCGACUAUAACAUCCAGAAGGAGUCGACACUUCAUUUGGUGCUCCGUCUCCGUGGUGGGAUGCAGAUUUUUGUGAAGACCUUGACUGGGAAGACCAUCACUUUGGAGGUGGAGAGUUCUGACACAAUUGAUAAUGUGAAGGCUAAGAUUCAGGACAAGGAGGGGAUUCCACCGGAUCAGCAGAGGCUGAUCUUCGCUGGGAAGCAGCUGGAGGACGGAAGGACUUUGGCUGACUAUAAUAUUCAGAAGGAGUCCACCCUGCAUCUUGUCCUUCGCCUCCGUGGUGGUUUCUGAGUGUUCUGGGGAUAUGGGUCCUUAAGUCUUUUCUGUCAUGUGUUGUUUUGUGGUUAUGAAGUACUCUUUUUUUUUUUUGGCUUAGUUUUUUUCUUUUGUUAUGGUGUUUGUCAAUGAUCUCAUGCGGCCAAUGGCCGUGAAGAUAAUGUUGGGUCAGUCCUUAAUAAAUAAAAGCCUUGUUUUUAUGUAA